AACUAGUCGGGCUUUGCACGUGCUUUCGAUAACAAAGUGUUGUCAUUAACGGUGACAUUUCGAUGUUGUGUGCAACUGUCAAGCUUAACGUUGAUCCUGUUAAAUAAUUUGCAUCACAAUUUUCUCAACAUGUCAACAAUGGAAACUGAGACCGCGGUGUUGCCGUUAGAGUAUCAGGAGCAGGAGCAGGAGAAAAUCGAGCUGAUUGACGACGACAAGAAGUUGAAAAAUAAUCAAAAGAAAUAUAAGAAACUGAGGGAUACCGAACGCAGCAAGUCAUCCCAGUCGGAGAAGCACAGCCAUGAAAAGGAGGAAAGGUCAAAUAAAUAUAAAGUGGUUAAGGAGUCUUCUGACCCAUCGACCCAACCGGUAGAGGAGUAUUUGAUUCGCUCUCCCAAGCGUCGCUCGGACUCUCCGAGUGUGGAUUGCACGCCCUCGAAAAUGGCGCCAGCAGUGGAAGCAUUCCAAUAUGAUCUUGACUGGGAGCUGCAUAAAUUUACAGCGGAUGUUGAGCAGACAAAGCAGGAGCAACAGGAAGAAGAUGAGAUACAAACACAACGACCAGAUGGCUGGAUGUUCGAUCGCAUCUCUCAAUACGUGAGCACAAAUAUGUCAAAGACAUCGACGUCGUUCAUAGCCAACUAUUGCGCCGCUAAAAAGUCGAAGAGUUUUGCACAACUAAACGAAGAGCUCUUCGGAGAAAACAGCGACAGCGAUAGCGAGAACAAAUCAAAGCCGACGCUGGAGCCCAAAAAGUCUGAGGAACUUCUCCACAGCGAAACGAAAGCAAAUCAACUACAGCAGCAGCUGCAGUUGAGGAAGUACGAAACGUUGCACGAGAAGAUUGCCCAAAAACAUGAAGACAUGCUUAAGAACUUUCAGCAGACGCUAAUCAAAUUGCUGCGUGAAGUCUCAGUCGAGAUAACCAAGGAAUUGGGCGCAAAACAACCGAAGCAAGAGACGCUCAAUCCGAAUAAACUUGAUGAGACUUGGUGUUUGCCAUAUGGCAACGAUAGCAUGGUGAUUGUCAAGAACAGCAAGGAGGGCAUCAUGAGCAUCAGAGUGGAGUCCCUAUCGAUCGAACAGCAAUCGAUCAAACAGCAAUCGAUCGAUCCAAAAUCAUUCGCCGAACAACAGCAGUAUAAAGAGCCAACGGAGCACUCUCUGGAAUAUCCUUCGAUCAACCCGAAUCCGCUUAGAUUCCAACACGAAAUUGACGACUAUUGUCGCCAGCUAGCAUCUGACAACGACAACGACAGCGAGGACCAAAGCAAUGAUGAUAACGAUAAUAACGUCGCAGCUAAUAAAAAUAACAAAAAUACGAAUGCUGUGGAGGUGGUAAACCCAUUUGAUGUGUAUAACGAUCAUAUCGAGAGCGAUUGGAAUAAUCUUCAUUCUGUUGACAAUACGGUUGCUUUGGACAUGGAAUUGGAUUCCGACUGCGGAUCCAAUUGGAGCGGAUCGAACACCUUGUGCUCUGAUAAGUCAGAAUCAACGCUGCAGAUGGAGAUCUCGGAUCGCGAGUAUCAGUGACUCUUGCAGCGCAGUCGCAUCGAGUGCUUUGAUCAUCAGCAUAGGCUGGAUCUCGAAGCUCGAUCUCGAUCUCGAUACGGAGCAUCAGUGGCAGACUCAACCAACCAAAGCUAAAGAAGAUGGCGAAUGCGAAGGGGAAGAGGAAUAUUUGGGAUUAGCUAAUAUACGAAUAUAUUCUAAAUAUUCUAAAUGUCUUUAACGUGUUCUUAUAACACCAACAAAUUGGAAAACCAAUGCAAAAUUUUUAUCUCAUUACAAAACUGAAACAUUGAAAACACAUUUAAUACAUUCAACAUUAGAACCUUGCUGAGAAACGUUUUUCAAAUUAUACAAAUAAAAAACGAAUACGAAUUUGU